AAUAAAAAUCUACCACCAAGAAGCCAGCUUCUAGACCCAACCAGCACCCUAAAACUCCCAGCUCCCCAACACAAAAUGACCCCUGCCGUGCUGUUCUCGUGAACUCAGUCCUUUUUCGAGAGUAGCUUGUCCAAACCUCGCGAGAGCGCGCGAGGGAAUAAGUUGAGGGAACAUGGCGACGUCUAAUCUGUUAAAGAACAAAGGCUCCCUCCAAUUUGAAGAUAAAUGGGAUCUGAUGCGCCCUAUUGUUUUGAAGUUAUUACGGCAAGAAUCUGUCACAAAACAGCAGUGGUUUGACUUGUUUUCGGAUGUUCAUGCUGUUUGCCUUUGGGAUGACAAAGGUCCAGCAAAAAUCCAUCAGGCUUUGAAAGAAGACAUACUUGAUUUUAUCAAGCAAGCACAAGCAAGAGUUUUGAGCCAUCAGGAUGACACAGCAUUGCUCAAAGCGUAUAUUGUUGAAUGGAGGAAAUUCUUCACUCAGUGUGACAUCCUGCCUAAGCCGUUCUGCCAACUAGAGAUUACACUGAUGGGGAAACAAGGCAGCAAUAAAAAAUCAAAUGUAGAAGACAGCAUUGUAAGAAAGCUCAUGUUAGACACAUGGAAUGAAUCAAUUUUCUCCAACAUAAAAAAUCGACUUCAAGAUAGUGCUAUGAAGCUUGUGCAUGCCGAGCGUUUAGGAGAAGCUUUUGACUCACAGCUUGUAAUAGGAGUAAGAGAGUCUUAUGUAAAUCUUUGUUCAAAUCCAGAAGACAAACUUCAGAUCUAUCGAGACAAUUUUGAAAAGGCAUAUUUAGACUCCACUGAGAGGUUUUACAGAACUCAAGCUCCAUCCUAUUUACAGCAAAAUGGUGUACAAAAUUAUAUGAAAUAUGCAGAUGCUAAAUUAAGAGAAGAGGAGAAAAGAGCACUUCGUUAUUUAGAGACAAGACGUGAAUGUAACUCUGUACAAGCACUUAUGGAGUGCUGUGUGAAUGCACUUGUAACAUCAUUUAAAGAAACUAUUUUAGCAGAAUGUCCAGGCAUGAUAAAAAGAAAUGAAACUGAAAAACUGCAUCUAAUGUUUUCACUAAUGGAUAAGGUGCCAAAUGGAAUUGAACCCAUGUUGAAAGAUUUAGAGGAGCACAUUAUUAGUGCUGGAUUAGCAGAUAUGGUGGCUGCAGCAGAAACAAUCACUACUGAUUCUGAAAAAUAUGUAGAGCAACUCCUAACAUUAUUUAACCGAUUCAGUAAACUUGUUAAAGAAGCCUUUCAAGAUGACCCACGUUUCCUUACUGCUAGAGACAAGGCAUAUAAAGCCGUUGUGAAUGAUGCUACAAUAUUUAAACUAGAACUUCCACUGAAACAGAAAGGAGUUGGGUUAAAAACACAGCCUGAAUCAAAAUGCCCGGAGCUGCUAGCAAACUACUGUGACAUGCUACUUAGAAAAACUCCGCUAAGUAAAAAGCUGACAUCUGAGGAAAUUGAGGCAAAACUCAAAGAGGUGUUGCUGGUGUUGAAAUAUGUGCAAAACAAGGAUGUCUUCAUGCGAUACCAUAAAGCACAUCUGACACGUCGAUUGAUACUAGAUAUUUCAGCAGACAGUGAGAUUGAAGAAAAUAUGGUGGAAUGGCUUAGGGAGGUGGGAAUGCCUGCAGAUUAUGUGAACAAACUUGCCAGAAUGUUUCAGGAUAUUAAAGUAUCCGAAGACUUGAAUCAAGCUUUUAAGGAAAUGCACAAACAUAAUAAACUUGCAUUGCCAGCGGAUUCAGUCAACAUUAAAAUUCUCAAUGCAGGCGCAUGGUCCAGGAGCUCAGAAAAGGUCUUUGUGUCACUUCCAACUGAGCUUGAAGACCUCAUUCCAGAAGUGGAGGACUUUUACAAGAAAAACCACAGUGGCCGGAAGUUACAUUGGCACCAUCUUAUGUCUAAUGGCAUUAUUACUUUUAAGAAUGAAGUAGGUCAGUAUGACCUUGAAGUCACUACCUUUCAGUUAGCUGUUCUCUUUGCCUGGAACCAAAGACCUAGAGAAAAGAUUAGCUUUGAAAAUCUCAAGCUGGCAACUGAGCUUCCUGAUGCUGAGCUCAGAAGGACCUUAUGGUCUCUAGUAGCAUUUCCAAAGUUGAAGCGGCAAGUGUUAUCCUAUGAACCUCAAGUCAAUUCACCCAAAGAUUUUGCAGAAGGCACUCUCUUCUAUGUUAACCAGGAAUUUUCUUUAAUAAAAAACAGCAAGGUUCAGAAACGAGGAAAGAUUAACCUAAUUGGGAGGCUUCAGCUAACUACAGAAAGAAUGCGAGAAGAGGAAAAUGAGGGAAUUGUGCAGCUUAGAAUAUUAAGGACACAGGAGGCAAUUAUACAGAUAAUGAAAAUGCGAAAGAAGAUCACAAAUGCACAGCUUCAGACUGAACUAGUAGAAAUUUUGAAAAAUAUGUUUUUACCCCAGAAGAAAAUGAUCAAAGAGCAGAUUGAAUGGCUCAUUGAACACAAAUACAUCAAGAGGGAUGAGUCGGACAUUAAUACUUUCAUUUACAUGGCAUAGUUACUACAGUUAGGGGAUUGGAAGUGCAAACGUGAAAAUAAUUCCAGAUGGCCAUGGCUCCAAUCAAAGAAAAUUCAUCAGUAACGGUGGCAACAGUGGCCUGGAAGGAGAUAUCAAGUGCUGGAUUUAUGACCGACUGUAAAGUUCCAUAAAGAAUAAAAUUCCUGCCUUACCUUAUCAAAGAUUAAACGAAAAUUGCCAAUUGUAUUCAGUAUGCAUGGUGGCAUUUGCCUUCGUGUUUCAACAGCAUGAUGUUUUGUGAAAGUAAUGCAUUUUCAUGAGAGAACAUGUCGUGUGCUCUUCAGAUGAUCAUUCCCCUUCACCAAGCAAGUCUGCUGCCAGAUGGACUGCUUAGAUUGAUCUUCGGAAUUGGAAACAUUGGUGACUAGAAACCCAACUGUGAGAAUGCACUGGGGAAAUUGAUUAACAUUUUUUGUAAAUAAUUAUAAUUAGAGCUAGAAUUAGCACUUUCACUUUAUGUUCUGGAUCGGCAUAAAGUAGCUUUACUCUGACAACUUUGGUUCAUGUUGAGCAGUUUUGUUUCAGAUACAAUAUACAAUGAAUUUUGAAUUCAUAACAAAAUAUGCAAGUUUGAGUCUUUUUUGUUGACCACAACUUUAUGUAUUUUUCCCCUGCACAAUGCAGUUUAAUAUUAUUAGAAGAGUUGUUUUUGAGUCACGGUUGAAUUUUAGCAAGCACAUCGCAAAUGCCUUUUACAUUCUGUCCAUCCCCUCAAAAUAAUAGAUAUGGUACACUAGUGUGUUUUUCUUAUUCAUAUGGCAGGAACUUUUUUUAACCACUCAAACUUGCAUAUUACACUUUAAUUUCUGUAAAUUAUUAACAUGAAAAGUGAUUUCCACUUGUUUUUUAGAGCUGAACCAGAACAAAACUUUAAUUUUAGCCUCUGGCAUUGAAAUUUCAGGGAUUUGUGGUGGCUUAUUAAUAUGUCAAAGUCAUGUUUUUUUAAAUGGAAUCAUGUAUUGAAGUUUAAUUUUGACAUUAGCCCAUAAAGAAUGCAAUUACCAUUUUGUUUAUUAACCAGAAAUCACAAAACCUAAAAUAUCAACUUUUCAUGCUGACAUUCUUAAGAGAGAUUUCCAUUGAAUAUUGUGGGAAAUUAUUGUCUCUGCCUAUAAGUUCCUUGAUUUGGUACAGAAGAUGGACUUGAGCUAUUGGAAUACUCUAAGCAUCCCCUUCUAAAUACACACUUUAAACUUGUAAUUACUAAAUAAGUCACUUUUUUAAAGUGAUUCAUUUGUUUUGGGGAUAUUGUAUUGUAAAUAUUUAAUUUAUAUAAAACUUGAAAGAAGAAAAAUGUUGCACAGUUUGUUUAUUUUAAUAAAUACAGAUAGGUGAUGGCUCUCAAAAUCCAUAAUUGCUCAUAAAUAUAUAUAUAUAUAUAUAUAUAUAUAUAUAUAAAUAGAGUGUAUUUAUCAGUUUGCUCAUAAAAAUGUGUUUUGAUUGUUUUAUUUCUUUAUCAUGUGUUCCUCUUACCUUUAUUUCACUAGUCAAAUAUUACAAAAUCAGAUCAUGCAGAUUAAAUGUUACUAAUUCACUUUUUCCAAAUCUUAAAAGUUAUUGUUAUAUUAUUGUUUAAUCUGCAGUCACCUUGAACAUGCCUAAUAGUGUUGAAUAGGCAUUGUUGUACAUUUACUUCAUGAGAGAAGGAAAACAAUAUUAAUCAGGUCAAAAACAUAAGCUUAAACUGUCUUGUGUCACUUCACUUGUGCCCAGUUAUAACCUGAUAAUAUAGUAGAUUAAGUUGAUGUGAGCUGGUGUUGUGCAAAUACUUGAGACCGGUGCAGGUCAUGUAGUACAUGUAGCAUCAUUUGCUCACCUGUUUCAGGUUGUAUCCCUUAACCUAAUCCUGUUACUGAACACCUGCCUUCUCACUGAAAGGUAAAAAAAACACCAUCAUUACUUGGAGGGAAAUUGCCCUUUUUAAAACUAUUGUAGAAGUUUUAUUCCAAGUGCUCACUUGUAACAGGCUCUCAGGAAACAACAGCUUAAAAAGAAAACAGCAUCAUAUUCUGGAAAUCUCAAAGGGGGAAUUUCAUCUUAAAAACAAGUUUGUUUCAACAGUAAUUUUCUAGUCAUUUUCAUAUCAAGUACUGUCUCAAUGCAGACUUGUUAGCCCAUGUCUAUAUGUUCAUAAUUUCUCUUUCUGUGAAACAGAGAAGCUCGGUUUGCAGGUCGUGCUGGGGGAUGAUUUUGUCUGAAACAGAUCGAACUGCUGUGUUUAGAACAAGACUAUUCUGAUUCAGAUCAUGAUCCUACUCUUUUGAUUGAGGUUCAAUUAUGUAAUAUAAACAUGCCUUUUAAUUUACACUUUACAUACAUAUUAACCCAGCUAACUAGAAAUGUUGAGCAAAAAAACAAAUUAAAGUCUAGAAGGUACAGUAAUUGAGCAUGUGGGUGAACAAUGAUGAAUUGAACUUCACGAGAAGGUGAUAAUGGGUAUAAUUUUAUGUUAGCCAUUGAAAUUAUGUGAUGCCGUUAAAUAUGUACUGUAAACAUUUUUAGGUCAAGUAUAUUUGAAAAAGCAGGCACUUGACACUAAGAUGACAAUGUACAUUUUAUUUCAUUCAUUUGUUUUGUUGACUGCAGGAUUCCCAUUGACUGUAAAAUAUGGAACAGAGAGCGAAUAUUGAAAUAUUUUAUUUUUUUUAAAGAAUGUCUUUAGUGUCUAUUUGGCAUGUAAUUUUUCCAUAUUUACAUUAUGAUAGAGAUAAAUAUUUUCCCAUAACCUGUAGGAAAUUUGUGUUAUAUUACUAACAAAAAUAGAAAAU